UCUUGCUCUUCUUUUAUCUGGAAACUCGACGGAACAGAGAUGUAUCUACUCUGAUGGGUGUUGGUACUUGAUAUACACUCGGACUUGAACGGCCCCUCUUGCGAUCCCUCAGUCUACUUCGCCAAUUCCAAGCCAAGCAGGACAAUUACGUCGUUAUCUAGCCAGCCACAGGCAUUCUUGUCAGGCCAUAGCUGGUGCUUUCUUUGUUCUUCUCCCCAAGCUAACUCGUUUCCACCUUUGUUACUUCACGGUCAGACAGGCAUAAGCCCCUACGACAUUGCCAUAAGCCCUCACCUUAAAUUCCCAGACGCGCACUCCAAAUCCUCAUCAAGAUGCGACAUCGAAGGGUCAUGUCGAACGAGCACCUGGUCGGCUUGGUGGACAUGGGCAGCAAUGGAAUUCGCUUUUCCAUAUCCGACCUGUCUCCUCCAACAUCAAGGAUUCUACCCACCCUCUACCAGGACCGGCUCGGCAUUUCGUUGUAUGAGGCCCAGCAUGACCCCGAGACCGGAGAAAGGAUCCCCAUCCCAGAUCGUAUCAUGAAGAAUGUCACGGCAGAGCUGCGCCGCUUCUGUCUCGUGUGUCAGGAAUUUGGUGUCGCUAAAGACCGGAUCCGCAUCAUUGCAACCGAGGCCACUCGAACGGCAGUGAACUCACAAGAAUUCAGGGAUCAUAUCAAGGAUAGAACUGGUCUCACCGUGGAAAUGUUGACCCCCGCCCAGGAGGGAAAUAUUGGUGCCAUGGGAAUCGUCAGUAGCUUUGACAGUGUUCGAGGCCUGGUGAUGGAUCUGGGUGGAGGCAGUGCCCAGAUCACGUGGAUCAUCCACGAUGGCGGUGUGGUUCGCACCAGUCCUCGGGUUGCUAUCUCCUUUCCAUACGGUGCAGCAGCUCUGACCAAGCGGCUGGCCGACUGCGAGAAAGCCAAAGACCCUGAAAAAGCCAAGCAGGAAUUUAGACAGGAGAUCAGAACAAACUUCCAAAAUGCGUACAACGAACUUGAGAUCCCUCCCGAGCUUAUCAGGCACGCCGAGGAUGAAGGCGGCUGGCAUCUUUAUCUAUCCGGCGGAGGAUUUCGAGGAUGGGGAUAUCUGCUCUUGAGUGAAAGUCAAAUUCAUGGACAUGAUUACCCUAUCUCCAUCAUCAAUGGCUUCAAAGUCAGUAGGGCUGAGUUGACCGACACCGAGAGGCUCAAGCAAGUGGCCCAAGAUGCAGAGAAAAUCUUCCGCGUGUCUGAUCGUCGGAGAUAUCAAGUCCCCGCAGUGGCAUUCUUGAUCAACGCACUGUCCAACGCACUUGCGAUCCGACCUCUGGAUGCUCGGUUCUGUCAGGGUGGCGUGCGAGAGGGUUUCUUGUUCAACCAGCUCCCACGGGAAAUCCGAGCACAAGAUCCAAUCGCUGUGGCGUCGGCACCAUUUGCUCGCGUUUCUGCUGGACAUUUCAAAGCUCUGUUAAUGAGCGCAUUGCCAUCGCCUGCGUUGGGAAAAGCCAUUCCUAAGACGAUUACGCACCACCAUAUCGAAGCCCUUGCAAACUUGAUGUACUAUCACUCCACCAACGGAAAGGAGAUUGCUUCUGUGUCGGCAUUAUACUGUCCAAUUAGUGGUGUCUUGUCGUCUGCACAUGGCCUGUCACACUCAUCUCGGGCCACGAUUGCUCUGAUGUUGGAGAAUCGCUAUGAAGGGGAACUGCCACCACGUGAAGCACAAUUCAAACAUCGGGUUGCCGGCAUCUUGACUCCAGAAGAAGUGUGGUGGUGCAACUAUGCAGGAAUCGUGGCGUGGCUUAUCGGACAGAUCUACCCUACCGGUUCUAUCGGUGCAAAGAUGAGACUUUGGCUAUCUGCUCGCUUUGUGGACGAUCUGGGUAAAGCAGGUAACAAAAUGGGCGUCGAGCUUACCAUCUCCAUCCGCAAAUCUAGCACUAGCGGCGUAGUGAAACAAGAUAUUCACGAGGACGGAGACGAGGAUGAAGAUGAGGAUCCUCUCACGGGUCGGGUGCGGGUGGAUAGCUUUGCGAAGAACGUGGCUAAGGUCGGCAAAAAGAAGAAUUGGGUUGGAGGCAGAGAUGGAUGGGGCAUGGCGGUCAAAGUGGUCGUGGCGGAACAAUUGUCCACUGUUUGAUUUGUUAGUUUGCUGCUGGGAUGGGUCGCAUUUCUUUGAAGAUGGGUGGGCUCAUGAAUACUUUCAUGGUUGGCUGGAUGCCGUUCAUCGAGUAUGGCAUGCCAAAACAUAAAAAGUCCUCCCUAAAAAAUGCAAAAGGGGAGGGUUGGGUGGAUUGGGAGGAUUGAAUUUGACUUGCAACGAGGAGUAAAGGCCUGAUCUGAGAUAAAGUCUAUACUUCCCUGGUCUAUAAUGAUCUAGCAGGUUUCUGAUACACCAAACCAUGACCAAAU